AUGCAUUUCACAUCUAUCACCGCCGUUGUCCUGGCCACUUUGGCCACUGGUACUCAGGCCUGGCAAGUCACCGCCUACAACAAUGUGGGCAAUUGCAAAGCCAACAGACAAAGCACUUACCGCAUCAUCUCUGGUGCUGGCAACAACGAAGCCUGCAUCAACUUCAGCGGAGGUAAUGCCAACACCAAGUGCACCGAGUACCUAAACGGCGGCACCAGCAACCGCGGCUGCAAUGGUGGAUUCGACGUUCGUUCCAUGAUCCAGGAAGCUGGAAACUGUAUCGUUUAUGAUUCGCCCAACUGCGGCGGUAGAUACCAGGACAGCAAUGGUCCUACCAACAGGGCCUGCGCCUCCCUCGAGCGUUACAAGUGGGGUAACAUCAAGUCCUUCAAGUGCAGGGGUUGUAAAAACAGGACACCGUAUUAUGAGGUCUGA